AGGACGUAAGGCACCGCCCCCCGGCGUGAAGUUUUCAGGGAGUCCCGAUCAUACAAAGUCAGACCUGGACAAGGCUUUAAGUAUGUCCUCUGUGCACGUACAAAAGUUUUAGCAUAAGUGUACCAUGGAGAACUCGGGCAGGUCUUACCGGACAAGGCAAGGCGGCUGGGAGAGGGGAGCAGCAUCAGACAAGGCGGAAAGCUGGAGGAGCCAGGACCAGGGUAGAGGACAGAGCUUCAGACCACAUGGAGGUCAGCAGGACAAGAAGAACCAGGGUGGGCCAUCCCGAGCCAGCCCCAAGAAGGGAGGAAUGGGGCCCUUAGGUUAUUCCCCUGGAGGAUUCCGAGGUGGUCACAGCCCCUUGCAGAAGGAUGAUAUCCGGUGGUUUUCAGGCCCUGAGAACAGUGGUGGCAGUCGAGAGGAUAACUGGAGAGAGCGCUCGCAGCAGCAGCACUGGAGGAGGAAUACCCAGGGAGAAGGUCCAAAGGAAGACAAGGAGCAGUGGAGGAGAGAGGACAGUGAUGGCGGUGCUUAUAAACCAGGGAGAAGACGGAGAAACCGAAACAACAGGAAAGCUUUUGCUGAAGAGAACAGGGGCCAUGUGAUUGAAGAGUCCACACUCUCAGCCAAAGAGCUGCACAGCCUACGGCAGGCAGAGAGACGGCUUAACAGAGAAGAGAUCUACUCCCUGAAGAAGAAAUCUCACAGCAACCCUGGUGCACUUUACACCUGCACUCUGUGCGAUAUUGUCCUGGAAUCUGUGUCUGACGCUUACAGGCAUAUCAGAGACAAGCGGCACAAGAGGAGGGCCAGGGAGAGGCAAGAGCAGGUGAUGCUGACCGAGAUCCUGCCCCCUGGCCCGGAGCAGAUCAGUGCAGUAAAUGCUGCACUUGAGGCUGUUGUCCGGGAGCAUGGGAUGAAUGACCUGGACGUAGAGAAGAGACAGUCUGUUGUCUCUAUCAUGCAAGAACUCCUUCAGUCCGUCCUGCCUGAGAUCAGGCUCAGGCUAUAUGGAUCAUCUUGCACUAAGUUUGGAUUUAAGGAUUCUGAUGUCAACAUUGACAUUCAGUAUCCACCUCACAUGCAUCAGCCUGACGUCUUGUUGUUGGUCAAGGAGAGCCUCGCUGUGUGCCCUCUCUUUGUUGAUCUGGAAGCUGAUUUUCAUGCCAGGGUACCUGUAGUAAUCUGCAAAGAAAAAAAGAGUGGCCUAAUCUGCAAAGUAAGCGCAGGGAAUGAAAACGCGUUCCAAACCACCUCCUAUCUUUCGGCUCUCGCCAGUCGAGAGCCUCUCCUCCAUCCACUGGUUCUGAGCCUCAGACACUGGGCCCAGAUCUGUCAGAUCGACCGUGCAGAGGAAGGUGGGCUGCCACCGUAUGUCUUUGCCCUCAUGGUUAUCUUCUUCUUACAACAACGCAAAGAGUCCCUCUUGCCCACCUAUCUGAACCAAGAGAUUAAGGUGUUUUCACUCAGCAAGCUAUCAGACUUCAAUCUCACGCAUGUGGAAGAUGGAUAUUUACACUGGGCUUACACCUCUUCAGCCAAAGAAUCAUCACAGGCAGCAGAGGGCUCCGGUACAAAGGGAAAGGUUCCGCUGGUGUUUUCGAGCCCUCACCCCCCUGCGGAAGUCGGUCUUCUCUGGGUCGAAAUGCUUCGCUUCUAUUCGCUUGAGUUCAACAUGGCUGACAAUGUCAUCAGUGUACGGACCAGUACUGUCCUCUCCAGAGAGACUAAAGACUGGCCAAAGAAACGCAUUGCUGUGGAGGACCCGUUUUCUGUGAAGAGGAAUGUGGCCCGCACAGUUAACAGCCAGCAAAUGUACGAGUUCAUCCUCCACUGCCUCAAAACCACAUAUAAGUAUUUUGCACUGCCACUCAACGCGCCAGCUGCUAAUCACAAGAAGGACGCACAGCGGGGACCUACUCAAGGUGCAAACGCCAAGGAUGUUAAUGAGAAGGUCGGCUGCCUUUCAGAUUUCAAUCAGCUCAGUAUUAAGUCACAACAUGGGAGUCUACCUAAAACUGAAGAAAAUGGUCCUGAAGACUCUGAUUGCAUCAUUGAAGAAGAGGAGGAAGUCGAAGAGGACAGCGACUCGGAUGGAGAGCGGGACAAGGAAAAAGUGGACUUGGGUAAAAGCAGUCUCUCUGAAGAUGAGGAGGAUGAAGAUGUGGAUGUAGAUGUGGACACGCAUACCAGACACCACCUGGAUAGCUUCACCACAGAGGAUGAGGAGAUUUUCCUAGUGGAUGAGAUCUCGGGGGAGGAGCUUUUGUCUGAUGAGGAAGGUCCAGAUUUGGAUACACCCGGUUCGAUGGAUGAGGACGAGGAAGAGGAGGUGUUGGCAGCUGCCAGUCACUCACCUCCACCUUUAGAGGAUGCAAUCAAAGAUGAGAACCCAGAAAAUAAAAACCAAAAACAGAGCAGACGGACCUAUGAAUUCACCAGGCAGGCGUUCACUAGAGGCAAGUCACACAUGGUGGUGUGCAGCUUGUGCAAACGUGAUGGGCAUCUGAAGAAAGACUGUCCAGAAGAUUUCAAGAAGGUGCAGCUGGAUCCUUUGCCCUUAAUGACACCAGAGUUUUUCAGUGUCCUGAACAAAGUCUGUGAGCAAUGCUACACGGACUUUGCCCCUGAUGAACUGGAAGUGGGUGUAAGAGAGCACAUCCUGAAAGACCUGGAGACCUUUGUCAGACGACAGUUUGCUGGUGCUCGGCUACAGUUGUUUGGAUCUUCCAAAAAUGGCUUUGGCUUCAGACAGAGUGACCUGGACAUCUGUAUGGUGCUGGAGGGACAGGAGACCAUGGAUGAUGUUGACUGCAUCAAUAUUAUUGAAAGCCUGGCAAGACUUCUGAAGAGACACCCAGAUCUGAAGAACAUCCUACCCAUCACCACGGCAAAAGUACCCAUUGUGAAGUUCUUCCAUGUUCGCACCGGCCUGGAGGGAGACAUCAGCCUCUAUAACACACUGGCCCUGCACAAUACACACCUGCUAGCAUCGUAUGCUGCUAUUGACAGGAGAGUGAAGAUCCUUUGUUACGUCAUGAAGGUUUUCGCCAAAAUGUGUGACAUCGGGGAUGCUUCACGUGGCAGCCUCUCCUCUUACGCUUACACCCUCAUGGUACUGUUCUUCCUCCAGCAGAGAAACCCACCAGUUAUCCCUGUGUUGCAAGAGAUUUAUGACGGAAAAAAGAAGCCUGAAGUGUUAGUGGAUGGCUGGAACGUGUACUUCUUCGAUGAUUUAAAAGCACUUCCCGGUCGCUGGCCAGAGUACGGGAAGAACACUGAGACGGUGGGGCAGCUGUGGCUCGGCCUGCUCCGCUUCUACACUGAGGACUUUGACUUCAGAGAGCAUGUUGUCUGUAUCCGUCAGCAUGCCCGCCUCACCACCUUCAACAAGCAGUGGACGUCCAAAUACAUCGUCAUUGAAGAUCCAUUCGACCUGAAUCAUAAUCUGGGUGCUGGUCUGUCCAGGAAAAUGACUAACUUCAUCAUGAAGGCUUUCAUCAACGGCAGAACAGUGUUCGGCACACCAGUCAAAGUCUUUCGUCCUGAGUACCCCAGUCAUAUGGAGUAUUUCUUCGAUCCUGAAGUUCUCACUGAGGGAGAGGUGGCUCCCAACGACCGCUGCUGCCGCAUCUGUGGCAAGAUUGGCCACUUUAUGAAAGACUGCCCCAUGCGUAAGAAGUCAAGGCACAGGCGGGACUCAGAGAAAAAGCCAGAGAACUUGCGAGACAGAACAGAUACAGGAGAGGACAAGGAGCCGUUCAAACACAAGGGUGAGCACUGGAGGAAAAGAGAUGCACUGGAGAUACGCUGCUGCUACCUGUGUGGAUCAAGUGCCCACAUCAAGAAGGACUGUCAGCUGUACAAAAACCCUGCAGGAAAUGUGAAGAUGGAAAACUUUCCUUCACCUUCAGGCCACCUGAGGAAUUUAAGAGAGAGGGAGAAACAGGGUUCAUCCUUACAAGAAGAGAAAAAGAAGUGGAAGCAACAGAAUGUGAUAUUAAGUCCACAAGCAGGGCUGGUGAGGACAGAGAAUGAGAGCAAGGAAGGUUUGCAGCAGGUUCAGCCUGCCGAAAUUUGGGUCGCUCUGGUCACAGGAAGAGCCCAGUGGAAUGAGCAGCGGCUGUUUGGAGGCAGUGGCUACACAAACCACAAGGUUCUGCUCUUGUCCAGGCAGAUGGCGACCCGAGCCCAGAAAUCUGAAUGAGACUGUUGGGCCAAUGGAGCCUGUUGAAAGCCAAAGCCAGGACGCCUUGACUUGAAGCCAUAUAGGGCCUUUUAUGUGUGUUUCCCCCCCCCAUCCCCUCACCCUCCCCACCCCACCCCACCCCCAACACUCUCCUCCUCAGAGGAGCUUUUUAAAGCUUUCAUUUUAACAACACAAGCCAUUAUGCAUGCACCUCAUGUCUUUGUUUACUUACACUGCCAGUCAAGUUUGUUUUUAAACUCAUUGCAUUUCAAGCAACGCUCAUGUCAAUUCAGUGUAAAAUCUAAAUUCAAAAAUAUAAGUCAAUGAGAAUUGUCUGUCACAUGACUUAACAGUAAAGAGCUCACAUCUUGAUAACUCCAAUUAGGUGUUUGUUGCAGACAACAUACUAUGUAUUUGCUUGAUACUUGAUGCUAAUAUAUUUUGACACAAUAGGCUAAAUUGUCCUUACAGUCAGGUAAAACCGCUACAACUGUAAGACAAAUGGACACGGUGGUGGUAUAGUAUGUUGUCUGCUACUUGGAGUGAGAAGAGGCCAAUUAAAAUCAAGAUAAAGAGUGUUUUCUGUUAAACCCAAAAGAGCCAAACACUUCUCAUUUCACUUAUUCCUUACUCUUUUUAAUUACAAUGAAUUUACAAAUGUGUUCUUUGAGAUUUAACCAAAUCAAUUAUAGGUUGUUCUAAAACAUUUGAAUGGCAGUGUACAUUUCGUAAUGGCCAGGAUCUUUUUUUUUUUUUUUUUAUUGAAUUUCUUUUAAAUCGAUUGUCCUCUGCACUGACGUCCAUCAGUCCGUCUCUCCUUCAGCUUUGAAAGCAGCUCUACCUACAGAAUCACAGUGUCUGUUUAUGUGUUUGUGUUAGAAUAAACCACAGUGCAGAUAUUUUUUUCAGGAUCAUAGUUUUAUUUUUUUUGAGACUGUCGAUCCACCCCUAUUUUAUAGAUGCAUACAGCCCCUCAACCGCUUGUAACUGAAGGACAGGAGGAUAGAAAUGUACUCCUCAGCUGAUUCUGGUGUGUCAUAACCUUUGUGCAAGAACACACAACUGAGGAAGUUGGGAAAAGAAGAUCUUGCUUGACAAUGUUUUAAAAAAAAAAAAAGAAAACAAGUAACUGAUCUAGUUGAGCUGAUGGCAAACACUGCUGCACACAUUAUAUUCACUUACCCCUAAACUAGAGAUAAUCUCAAUUAGUUCGGUGGAGAGAAUAAUUUAUUUAUUUGCCACAAAGGCUACAUUUUGUUGUAAUGGUGCCACAGAUUGGUAGCUGCACUGUGAGGGUCCACGCCCUUGAAUUAUGUUGCUGCUAGAUAUUGUCUGAAAGACCUGCUAAUCAUUCAACUUCUUCGAAUAUGGACUGUCUGGCUUUAUUGUUGUCUUAAUAUGGUUGAAUUUUAUAAAAGAUUGUGUUGAUGAUAUUGUAAUCCAUUUUUUAAUUUUAAAAGCAGCCUUGUUUAAUGCCAGCCUUACUACAUUUUGCUUCUUUUGUGUUUUGACCCAAAUGGGAGGUUCAGUUUGUUAUUAAGGAACCCCGAUCCUGCCAGGAAAGGUUGGCUCAAAGAAUUCAUUAAACUGAAAUCAAAUCCCA